UUCCGAGAAUAGACAAAAAAGUUUCCACAGAGUGCAAAGUGACCCAACAACUCUUGUUUGUGAAAAUACCCUAAGCCGCUGGUGUUUACAGACGACUCUCGUCGAACCCCGACAGGACCCGACUACAAUGGAAGGAAUCUACCGUUACCAAGACACCGAGGAGGCAGAGACCCAGUCGAGCUCGCUGUUCGUGCAACGCGCAGAGGCUGUGUCAGUGAAAGAAGGUGAAUUGACUGACGAGUAUAUAGUGAACUUGAUGCAUGAAUAUGUGAACAGUCAACCCGAAUUUGAUCUCUUUCACUUACUAAAAAUCUCAGAUGCAAAGUCAGGUGUCCUCGACAUUACAAGAGAAAUGACUCCCCAAUGGUGGGACACGCGGGACCAUGGAAGUGGAUCUCCAGCGAUAGUUCCUACUCUCGAAGUACCUGAAGAACUCACCGACCCACAACCAAGCGUCUCUCCUUACGCUACAAUAAACUAUCUAUCCCCUGAAGGAGUUUAUGCAGAGGAAGAGAUAGCUAAUAGCCCCAGGUUGACGUUCUCUGAUUCUCAUAUGUCUGAACAUCAUCUCAAGCCUUUUCCAGACCAGAGUCACUGUAGAAUGACACGACCAAGGUCUCCAUCAGGCAUCUAUGAAGAUCUUACUCAAGCAGAAUCUUCAUCUGAAGUACCUAGUCACUCUCUCCCCUUACCAACCCCUAUCUUUGCUGGGGAUAACUUUGUAUCCCAUGAAAGCCAGGACCCACCAAAGAAAAAACGUGGUCGAAAGCCAAAAUCGGAAGCAGAAAAGGCUGCAGCCCUUGAACAACGGCAGGCAAAGAGAAGUAGAGUCAGAGUGUACGAAGUUGAGAAACCUUAUGAAGAUAAGGAAAUGGAGAGAAAACGAAUAAAUGCCAUUAAUUCAAAGAAGCAUCGAGAUCAAGAAAAGCAACUGAAAAAGGAGAUGGAAAAACAGUUUGCUGAUACCGCCAUCGAGAGAGAUAUUCUGAAGCAACAAAAUGAGGAACUGCAGAGAAAGCUGGAUGCUGCAUUGCAGAAGGUUUCAGAUACCGCUAAUGAACGAAAUAUCCUAAAGCAAGAAAACGGGCAACUCAGGAGAAAGCUAGAUGUUGCACUAAAACAGCUUGAAGCUUUUAAGAAGCAGUAUGGGUUUCCAAGCGUUCUCACUUAGAACAUUUCCCAAAAAACUGGCUUAAGAAAUGAAUCUUUGCAGUUUGGUGUCUGAUUUAGCUGUCAGUUUGAUCUCCAGAUCUUAGGGGCAGGAAGAGGUGGCGACAGAAGUCCUGAUGCCCCAAAACGAAGUCUCUCUAAGACCAUGUGAUAAUUUUUACACCACGAUAGCAAGAGGUCUACUUCCUUUUGCAGUCUUACAUUCGUUACUCAUUCCCUUGAAGAGCAAGAGGUCUAUGUCCUUUUGCUUAUAAAUACUUACUUGUCAGCACAUCUAAAUUUCAUAUUUCCUCACCUGACAUAAUAUCUAUCACAAUACUAACUCACAUUCUUACGUUCAGUUAACACAGAAAGGGAAUUGGUAAACCCCUUAUUCGGUUUUGUUGUUCAAAGCGGUCCUUGUGUCACAUAUGUGAUAUCAAUUUUUAUAUAGCAGUGAUCACAGUUUUCUUAUAUUCAGUGUAAUCGUGGCUGCUUCAUAGCCAAAUAAAUAAGAAAUUAUUUCAUAACUAGCAGUGAUGAAAUAAUUUAUGUUUCAAACUCGGUAUCCAUUGCAUCUGAUGACUACAAACAUAUGUUUCAACUCAUUUCACUAAAGAUUUUGUAUUUUAUCUUUUCACAGGUGCUCCAGAUAUCUCUGGACAAAGACAGCUAGUUUGACAAAUGGCAGUAAGGAAAUUGGCGCGAGUAUGCAAAUGCUGCACUAGCUGGUGACUUCGGCAGUUGUAGACUCUGCUUCCAAGAACACUUUUCAGAACCCAAACUAAGUUGCUCCUCAAGAACGCCCAUCAUUUGAGUAAACUUCAUGUUCUAUCUUUCAGUGUGUUGCAGUUCCACGGUUAUAUUUGGUAGUGACAUAGAUUUUAUUAUCAUUGAAAGUUCCACACACAAAGAGAAAAACAAGCCGGUCAAAUUUUAGGUUUUAACAAAAAACAUUUUACAGUAAUACAGUAGCAAAUGAUAGGAAUUAUUGAUAAGAGAUAUUUGACAAAACCGACAUUUUCUGACAAUAAUAUAAGUAAAGAUUGUAACUGGUAUUAUUCAGGUCUUCUAACUUAUAUCAUUCCUUAAAGUAUUGGGUUAUAUUACUUCAUUUUCUGUUGGACUGAUUUCCGUAAUUUUUCCAAAUUCCCUUAAUACCAUAAGUUCAUCUUGAUGCACAUUUAUAAUUCAGAACUAUUCCAUGUUUUUUUUAAGUCGAUUGAUACCUAUUUUGUUUAUUUUUCAAUUUCUAGAGCCCUGAAGCAUUUUCAAUGAAGAUUCAAAUUAAGCAGAGCCCCAAGACAAUACAUACGGUAACUCCUGCAACAUGGUUUCCACUUCAGCAUCUGAUUAUUAUUUAGCCAAAAUAAAUGCAUUGAUCCUGUAACUAAGCUUGGUAGUAUAAAUAACUUGGGAAAAAGGGUUCCGGAGCAUUUUGAAAGUUUGAUGGUUAAGACUUCCAGAGCAAGCACACCAGACCUGGCACAGAUGCAAAGGUGCAUUGAUGUUGCAACAGAUAAGAUGUCUGAUUUAUAUUUACAUCCCAUCUUCAAUCUUUGCAUGUAUGCAUGCAGAGUAAUAUGGACAACUGAACACACGCAGGGCUGAGGCUUGCUAUCAGUUAGUAUUUUUUUAUUUAACUAAAUAAAGGUGUGUAUGUAUGCUGAUAGGACCUUUAGUCAUUUAUUUUAAAGUUGAUAAGUGCUAUGGAUUAGGCAGCUGUCUGGCUACUUACUUGAGGCUAUGCAUGGGCAAUAUUUGGCAUUUUCAUCAGUUAUUUUAUUACUGAAAUUUAGAUAUUGUGUCUUAAUUGGUGUUCUAGGAAACUAUUAUGGGGUAUUGAUGAGAAUCGCCUCUGACAGUUAUAAACUAAUAGAACCUAUUUCUUCCCAGUGAAGAUAUAUACCCUUACUAUUCUUAAUAUCUGGAUGCCGGGUAUGUGGAAUGGUGAGUAUUUUGCAUAUUUUCAUUUGUUUUCUUUAACCGACAUUGCUUGGAGCAUGCAGCUAUGGCGUCACUUACUCAGACACUUUGCUCUGUAUAAAUACUAUCACAUAGCAUUUAUAAACUUCUAAACUUUUUAAUUUUUGUUCAAAAUGUUUGCAAUAUCUAAUUCAUGUCUGCUUUGUGGGUUUGUUGUAUGAAAAAUAUAUCUGGUAACUGGUGAUAUCCUUUUAAAAACUUUGCCAUAAAGCUUGUGUCACACAUUGGCGAUUUCAAACCGCGAAAUUUUGCUCAUUACGACUCCACUACGCUCUCAUUACAACCAAAUCGCCAUAAAUCGGCAUAAAUCGUAACCAAGUUCCAGAGUUUGACAACUUUGCGCCAGUGACGGCGACUAUGCAAGGUUGCCUUGCAUAGUCGCUGUCAUUCCACGACUACUGUCAAAAGUUGCCAUGUCAUGGCAACAAUUUCGUAAUGGCCUCUCGACUUACGACAUCUGUUUACGCAAGUUGUAACUACCAAUGGCGAGUACUUGACAAACCCACAACAUGCGGAAUGGGCUGCGCAGAGCGUCAGAAUGUGUCAAGUGGGUCGGCAGGCUAUAAGCAUAGUUCAAGGAAUUUAUUGAUUACCCACAGCUGCUCGGUUUUCAAUUUUGAGUAGAAUAUAUUUUGUAUUCAAGAUUUUCUGUAUUAUUGAUAUCAUUUGAGAACUUCAGAUAUAACUAAAUAUGACAAUGAAUACAACUUAAACGAAAAUAUAUUCAAUAAUAUAAAGAUGAAAUGUACAUAAUUUUUCAACAGAGUUCAUUGCAAUAAAAUCAAAUUUAUUAGCAAGUUCUGAAGUAUAAGAAAUUAAAAGGCCUUUUCUAUUUUGAGUAAAAAAAUAUAUAUUGUAUUAAAGAUUUUCAGUAUUCUUGAUAUAUUUUGAGAAUUUCAGGUAUAGAGAGCUAUGGCACUGAAUACUACUUAAAAGAAAUUAUAUUUGUUAAUUAUAUAAAUAUUUUACAAUUUGGAUUUUAUUUAGGAAAUUUAUAUAGUUUUUCAACAUGAUUUUGUGAAUUAUGAAAAAGCAUUUUUUAUCGUUUUAUUAUGUCAUUGAUUCCUGCCAAUGAACGAAGCCUGCAGGGGUACGUAAUCGCGAAGAUGACCUCAUGUGUCACCGAGUCCUCUCGAUCUGCC